UCGCAAAACAUCUGUCCAACUGGUUUCAAGAACUACCAACAAAUUUAAAAAAGCGCGAUUUUGCAAGCAAAUGGCGCGAAUUAUGGCUUCCUUUGCGAAAAUCGCCAUUCCAAAAUUGUCCAGCGAAUUGAACGGAGCUCGUGGUCUUCAUACAAGUAAUUGUGCGCAGAAAGUUUGUAGUGUAAUGCCUACCGAAGUACUUAAGAAAAAAUUAGAGGACGCCGAAAAUCCUUCGCCAAAAAAGAUGAAAAUCGAAUCCAAAUGUGUAUUGCGUUUCGCAAAGCUGACGGAACAUGCUCGAGUACCGGUACGUGUUUCGCCGCGUUCGGCUGGGCUUGAUUUACAAAGCGCUUACGAAGUCAAAGUACCGGCGCGUGGUAAAGCGCUAGUGAAGACCGACUUGCAAGUACAAUUGCCAGAGGGUUCGUAUGGGCGUAUUGCGCCACGUUCUGGCCUCGCCGUUAAGAAUUUUAUCGAUGUUGGCGCUGGCGUCGUAGAUGAAGACUACCGCGGAAACUUGGGUGUUGUAUUGUUUAAUCACUCAGAUGAAGACUUCGAGGUGAAACCCGGUGACCGAAUUGCACAAUUUAUUUGUGAGCGUAUUUUCUACCCUGAAGUGGAAGAGGUUGAUAAACUUGACGAAACAGAACGCGGAGCAGGUGGUUUCGGUUCGACUGGAAUAAAAGAGGUCGCAGCGAAAAAUGGCAAUGGAACUGCACCAAUGGAAACUGAGGAAGUUAAAGAAAAAGAGAAAGUUGAGGAUUCUAAAGCUAAUGCCAAAACGGAUGAAAGUAAGGAAGUCGCCAAGGAGAAAAGUCCUAAGAAAGCUGAUACAGUUGCAGAAGCCGCAAAUGGUACAGCCGCUGCAGCAACUGCUUAAAUACGAGUGUUAUAUGGCUUGGUACAAAAUAUUUAUUGAAUACAUUCAUUUAAAGUUAUUACUAGUUUAAGACUCAUCAUUUCAUUCCCCAAAAUUUUAUUGUUGUAUUAAUUAACAGAAUGUAAGUCUAAAAUAUGCCCAACCAAAACAACUAUUACAUUAAAGAUUGGCGAUUGUUUUUAAAA